AUGGCAGACACAACUCCGUCAAAAAUCCCAGUAGCCAUCAACAAGCGAUCAUCAAUGUCAUCUUCUUCAUUGAUGCAGCAGUCUCUCUCUAGUACAUCAUUGUCUAACCUGCCGCCAUCAAGAAGCCAAAGCCCACUGAACAUCAGCGGUGGACCUGGCUCGGCCGGUAAUAGUGGGAAAACAGCUACUGGGCGAGCUAGUCCAGCAAAUCAACAAAGAAGAUGGAGUUUACUGAGUGGAGGUCAAGGUCCAAGUAGAAAAGCAAGUUUUGGUGAAGGAAUGACCAUGAGUGGUAGUGCUAGCUACGAGACUAACGAUCCAGCCCAAAUCAAAGCUCAAAUCAGUUCACUUCAAUCAGCUCUUGAAUCAGCGCAACAACGUUUACUGGAUGUACAAAAUGGAAAUACAUCUUCGCUGCCUUUGACACCUAUAGAGGGAUUGGUGAACCUCCCAGAGGUGGAAGUAGAUGAUCUUCAUGAUAGGUUGAUAGAAGGUGACGAGAAUGGCAGAGAUUCACCGCUAGAUCCAGAACCCCCCACAAAUGCGAAUGCUAUCAACGGAAAACCUCGGCUGAACGGACUCCCACAUUCUAACCCAUCAUUUGAUCUGAGGAGCAGAGCUGUAACGCCUGCCAGGCCGACGAGCGUCAGAAUGCCUGAUGGGCGAAGUCGUAUACCGCAAGCUGUGGUAGCAGGCUCAGCGGCACUUCAUCCUACUCCACCGCCAUUCUCGCCGUCAAAAUCCCAUGUUUCCCCACCAUCACCCAUAAAUGUCCCUGAUUCCCGCAAUUUGAGAUCACCUUUUUUAGCUCCCGAAUCACCUCAGCCACCUUCGCCAUAUGGAUCGUCAUUAGGAUUAGGGUCUAAUGUGGAUGGCAGAUUAAGUCCUAGUCCUGGUUACUUCAGACGUGCUUCAGGUGGACUUAACGACAAAGCGUCAUCUGCAAGUACCAGAGUUAUCGAUAAUCUGCAAACAGAAUUGAUUAAUACCAAAGGUCAUUUAGAAAGAGUGAAACAGGAAGUCAGGAGCGCUCAAAGAGUUAUCGGAUCCUUGACAAGGCAGACAGAAGACUUGAAGGAAACCAGAGAGAGGAUGAGAAUGGAAUGUGAAGGGUUGAAUAAUGUGAUUGCACGGAAAGAACGUCUAUUACAGGAGGUUCUUGAAAGAGCGCGAACAGCCGAAUCAGCAUUGUCGCAGCAUCAAACUACUCGCAAAGCUUUAGAACAAAGUACCAAGAAGUCACUAUCGCACAUGACGAGUCAAUUGACGGAAGCUCAGGGUGGACAGGCAAAAGCUGAGAGAGAAUGUGUAGCUUUAAGGGAUAGUGUCAAGUCGCUGAGGGAUGUUUGGGCACGAGAAGUUAAAAUGGUGAAAGACGAGUGGAAAAAAGGUGAAGAAAAGGGAAAGAAGGAGAGGGAAGAAGCGAGGGACAAACAUUUAGCUUUGGUGAAAUUGGUACAAUCACAAUCUGCUGAUCGAGCUACGAUCUUGACUCUCGCCGAAAAGGCUACCAAGCAAUCUAAUUUGGCUACAGAAGCAUUUAAAGCUCAAAUAGCCGAUCUCAGGAUAGAAAUAGAUAAGAGUAGUGAGGAGAGUAGAAUUGCCAAAACCCAAUCUGAAGAUCUCGCCAUGGAGCUUGUACGACUCCGACGAUUGAUGCGAGAACCCAGAAGAGGCAGUUUAGACAAUGCUGCUGUUAUGUCAGAGAACGAUAUUGCCAGUCUAGCCAAUGCGGAGUGA